AUGAUACCUUUGCACGUAGUUUGGACGCUGCGGGGCCGUGCCAUAGCCUGGCGACAGUUAAGUGUCCUCAAGAUAGCAAUCAAGCCGCAGUAUUUCACCACACACGCUUACGGCGGCCCGACAAAGACCAUGGACGAAAUAUUAAAGAAAACCGUGGGUCCGCUGCCCACGUACGAGACGAAAGAUAAGUCCCCUCUGCCCCCGGAAUCUAACAGUGUGGAGUUCAUGCACUUUUACAGGAGUCUAGAUAAAGAACAGAAGUUGGAGUUCCUGGACAAGCUUUCUCUGGACUUCGGCGUGGACCACAGAAACGUGUUAGAGCUGGCGGGGAAACUGCUGGAAACGCAGACGAGGGACCUAGCGACAGUGCUGCAGGCGGAAGACCGGCUUCGGUACAGCCUGACGCCCCGCUACAGGCAGCUGCUCAGUCACAUAAGCAGGGUAGAGGGGGGCGUGAAGUUCUUAGUCGAUCUCCGCGCCGACCUCAUCGAAAUCAUUUCAUCCAAAGCCAGCGACAGCCCGCAUAUAAGGGACCUGAGUGGGACCUUGAAGGGCCUUCUGUCCGAGUGGUUCUCCGUGGGGCUGCUCCGUCUGGAAAGGAUCACGUGGCAAUCACCCUGUGAGAUCCUGCAGAAGAUCAGCCAAUACGAGGCCGUGCACCCUGUGAGGAACUGGACAGACAUCAAGCGCAGGGUGGGUCCCUACCGCCGCUGCUACGCCUUCACGCACUCGGCCAUGCCUGGGGAGCCGCUGGUGGUCCUGCACGUGGCUCUGACGCAGGACAUCUCCAGUAACAUCCAGACCAUUGUGAGGGAGUUUGCCACUCUGGACACAGAAGAGGACAUGAAUAAGGUCAACGCUGCAGUCUUCUAUUCCAUCUCUUCCACCCAGGCGGGGCUCCAGGGGGUGGAGCUUGGCAAUUACCUCAUCAAGAGGGUCGUUCGAGAACUGCAGAGUGAAUUUCCCCACCUGUCCCAGUUCUCCAGCCUCUCUCCCAUUCCGGGCUUUUCCGCUUGGCUGCAGGGGCUCCUCAGCCAGCACAGGAGGGAGGGCCGGGGAACAGGGCUACUGUCAGAGAUGGAGUGGAAGGAGGUGGAGGCCGCAUUGGGGAUGGAAGCGGAUGCCAUGACGCUGGACUCCUUCUGGAAGCUUCUCACCACCAAUGAGUGGAUCCGCUCUCAGAGCCUGGUCCGGACACUGGAGCCAGCACUGAUGCGACUCUGUGCGUGGUACCUCUAUGGGGAGAAGAGGCGUGGCUAUGCCCUCAACCCAGUCGCAAACUUCCAUCUGCAAAACGGUGCCACCAUGUGGCGCCUCAACUGGCUGGCAGACACCAGCCCACGUGGCAUCGCCAACUCCUGCGGCAUUAUGGUCAACUAUCGCUACUUCCUGAAUGAGACCAGUGUGAACAGUGCCGCCUACCUGCAGACAAAGGUCAUUGCAGCCUCUGAGCAGGUGCUGAAUUUGGUCUCCCAAUAUCAUAAGAACAGCAAACUUUGAUACUGCCGGACUCUGUUACAUCUACAGACCCCUGGCUCAGGCGGUAACCCUUUCUUUUCUGUGAAAAUUGUGAGGAACUGUUAAUUCAUAAUUGCUUAAAAUUGCGUCUUCGUCUCUUUGUGUCUGAAGGAGCACACAACCGAAAGAUUUAAGCAGAAUUUUCGGAGAUUGUCUGUCUAAACUUGCAACGUGCACAGUGACAAACAAUGAUCUGCAGAAAUAUCCGCUUUGCAUACUGUAUUAGUCCAAUCUUUUUUGGGAGGGGGUGUAUCCAGUGGGUGUAUAAAUGCAGAAUAAAUGGGUUUGUACCCUCACAGCACUGGA